GGUUACCGGAAUGCAUUCCAGCAGUACUCUCAGUUUCUGCAAUCAAGUUUUCCUAGCAUUAAUGUAGAAGGAGACGUUUAUCCCCCACCGGCAAGUCGUGUACUAUUAUCGCGGUUCAUCAACACGUUUAAAUUAGCCCUGAUUGGUUUACUAGUCAGUGGAUUUGCUGAGCGUUUGUUAGAUGGAUUCAAUUUAGGACGUCCCUCUAUUUACCUUUGGGCAAACGAAAAUAAAAUAACUGCCUGCAUGAUCAUAUUUUUUUUACUGAACAGUUUGGAACAGCAGCUUUUAUCAACUGGGGCCUUUGAAGUAACAUUAAAUGGUAUCAAUGUUUGGUCAAAAUUAAAUUCAGGACGGCUACCUUCAGCAGAUGAAUUACAACAAAUCAUCCAACAGCAAUAUUCAUUCAAAUCAAUAUAA